AUGGGAGUGCAGGUAAAGACCAUCUCCCCCAGAGACAGGCAUACUCUCCCCAACCGUGGCCGAACCUACACGGGGAUGCUUGAAGAUGGGAAAACGUUUGAUUCCUCUUGUGACAGAAAUAAGCUCUUCAAGUGUGUGACGGGGAAGCAAGAGGUGAUUCGAGGCUGGGAAGGAGUUGCCCAGAUGAGUGUGGUCCAGAGAGCAAAAAUGUCCAUCUCUCCAGACUAUGCUUAUGGUUCCUCUGGUCACCCAGGUAUCAUUCCACCAAAUGCUAACCUCAUCUUUGAUGUGGAACUUACAAAAAUGGAAAGACAGGAAUGGGAAAAAGCUAUGACUCCCAGCUCUGGGACUCCUUACUUUUUCUCCCGUUCUUCCCCGGUGAGAAAGUUUAAGUGGUUAUUUUUGUGCCCCAAGACCCCCAAAAGUGAAAAAGAUAUAGACAGAUCGUUAAAAAUCCAAAUGACAAAGCCCAAGGAAACCCACCAGCCCCGUGCAACUGGAGUAGGCAAUAAAACUUUGGGGAGGCGUCCCCUUAGGGAAAAUAAACCCGGCCGGAGGGGCGAACUCUGCCCUAGGUCCACGUGCGAGGCAGAAGUUGGGAGACCGUGGCACCGCUCCAAGGGAGCAUAG